AUGGCUAGGAGUUCCCGUUCGGCCAUCGAGAAGCGAUCUGUCCGCCGCAAGCACUCGUUCGGCGGCUGCCGCACCUCGACGACGUCACGUGAAGUGCGACCAGGUCCGACCAGUGUGUCUGGCAUGUCCGCUGGAUGCCUCCAUCGACACCAUCCUCGGCCAAAGCUGGAGGAGGUCGCGUUGACGAGGACGAUGCGAGCAGGACCACGACGCGCCAUUACCUGUACUCAGGCAUGUAACCGACUGCAUCCCCCGAAGCCUGAAAGGCCAGAGGCAUCCAGGGCGUCGAUGAACGCCGCCUUGAGCGUGCGUUCAGUCGAUGCAUCGCUCGCAGAAAUCGAUGAGCGGACGCAAGACGGCCAGCAGCUAGCCCAGGGUCAUACUGCCAUCGGCCUUUUCGGCGUCCUCAAUAUUGAUCGUAUGUCUCGCGAACCUGCUGCAGAGCCUAUUCUCAGUGCAACAGCGCCUACAACGCUUGACUCCGCCUGA